GAAGAAGCUCCGCCCACUCGCUUCCUCCUGCUGCGGCUCUCGUCACUGAUCUCCGUCCGCCAUCUUAAUCAACGCGGCACUGUAUUCGUCUUGGAGUCUUUGACCUGCUAAAAACACCGUAAUAUAAUCAGUUACAUAGUACGAUCAAACUACAUAUAUUCCAGAAUGCAGGCCGAAGAGCAAGGUGACUUCAGCAGCGACGAGUUUCCAGAGGGCUCCAAAAUAAACGCCAGUAAAAACCUGCAGGACGACGGGAAAAUGUUCAUCGGUGGACUCAGUUGGGACACCAGCAAGAAAGACCUUACUGACUACCUGUCCAAGUUUGGAGAGGUCCUUGACUGCACCAUCAAAACAGACCCCAUGACGGGCCGCUCCAGGGGCUUCGGCUUCGUGCUCUUCAGAGACGCUGAGAGCGUCGAUAGGGUGCUAGAGCUGAAGGAGCACAAGCUGGAUGGGAAACUGAUCGAUCCCAAGAGAGCCAAAGCCAUGAAGGGCAAGGAGCCGCCCAAGAAGGUGUUCGUCGGCGGUCUGAGUCCAGACACGUCUGAGGAGCAGAUCCGGGAGUACUUUGGAGCUUAUGGGGACAUUGAAAGCAUUGAGCUGCCCAUGGACACCAAAACAAACGAAAGGCGGGGAUUCUGCUUCGUGACGUACGUUUCAGAGGAUCCCGUUCAUCAGCUGCUGGAGAACCGAUACCAUCAACUUGGUUCAGGCAAGUGUGAAGUCAAAGUUGCCCAGCCUAAAGAAGUUUACAGACAGCAGCAGGGCAGAGCGGACCGGGGAUUUGGAGGAGGACGAGGAGGCGGCUUCAGGGGCCGUGGAAGAGGACAGGGCCAGGGCUAUAAUCAAGGAUACAACAGCUACUACGGCCAGAACUAUGGAGGCUACGGCGACGGAUACAACCAGGGCUAUAACGGCUAUUCUGGCUAUGACUAUUCGGGAUACAACUAUCCGAAUUAUGGCUAUGGACAAGGCUAUGAUGAUUACAGUGAAGGUCAACAGAGCAGUUAUGGCAAGGCCUCACGGGAAAGCGGAACCCAUCAGAACAGCUACCAGCCGUAUUGACAAAGUGGCUAAACACGUUCAUGUUCAUGGUCGGCAGGCUGACUUCGACAUUGCUCCUCGGAGGCAGCUUGUGGAUUCCUGUCCUUAAACAACUACUAAAA